CACACACACUUGUGCAUUCUCCAGUCCAUCCCCACACGGGCAGACAGGGAGUGAGGGCUCGCCAGCCUCACACAGGCAGGCACAGCUCAGUGGCUCCAGGAUUUUGCUGCCCCUGUCUCGGGACUCCGAUCCGCAGCAGCCAGCCAGACCUGUGUGUGUCGCGGAGGGGUUGUUCGAACUGGGAAAGAAGAAGCGGGCGGAGGGCGGCCGCUGCUGCUCCUGACCGCUAGUGUGUGUGCGCACAUCUCCCCUUCGGCUUAUAAAAGUUUGCCUCAGCAAGCCGGGGGGCUCCUCGCUCCCCCUCUGCUGGGGGACCCCGUCUGCUCCUCACCCUGGAGGCACCUCGGCUCUGUUCGCAGCGGGUGAAGGUGGGACCGUUCCCCGGGAUUUAUUGAGCUGGAUUUGCAUUUUGCACCAUGUCUUCUUGGAUCGCGGCUCCGCUGGUGGCUUUAACCGGGCUGCUGCUGUCACUUUCGGCCGGGGCUGAUGUGAAGGCUCGGAGCUGCAGUGAGGUGCGGCAGGCGUAUAGUGCCAAAGGCUUCAGCCUGGUCAAUAUACCCUUUCAGGAAAUAGCAGGGGAACAUUUGAGAAUCUGUCCUCAGGAGUAUACAUGCUGCACCACAGAAAUGGAGGACAAGUUGAGCCAACAGAGCAAACUGGAGUUUGAAAACUUGGUGGAGGAAACAAGUCACUUUGUGCGCACCACCUUUGUGUCCAGGCACAAGAAGUUUGAUGAAUUUUUCCGAGAGCUUUUGGAGAAUGCAGAAAAAUCCUUAAAUGAUAUGUUUGUACGAACAUAUGGAAUGCUGUACAUGCAGAAUUCAGAAGUGUUCCAGGACCUCUUCACAGAAUUGAAACGAUAUUAUACAGGAGGCAAUGUAAAUUUGGAGGAGAUGCUGAAUGAUUUCUGGGCUCGGCUAUUGGAGCGAAUGUUCCAGCUCAUAAACCCCCAAUAUCAUUUCACUGAGGACUAUCUGGAGUGUGUAAGCAAAUACACAGACCAGCUGAAACCAUUUGGAGAUGUACCCAGGAAACUGAAGGUUCAAGUGACUAGAGCUUUCAUUGCUGCACGGACCUUUGUUCAGGGGCUGACUGUAGGCAGAGAGGUUGCAAACAGAGUAUCCAAGGUCAGUCCAACCCCAGGGUGCAUCCGUGCACUAAUGAAGAUGUUAUACUGCCCUUACUGCAGAGGACUUCCCACUGUGAAACCUUGCAACAACUACUGCCUCAACGUAAUGAAGGGCUGCCUAGCAAAUCAGGCCGAUUUGGACACUGAGUGGAAUCUGUUCAUAGAUGCUAUGCUCUUGGUAGCAGAGAGAUUAGAGGGGCCAUUCAACAUUGAAUCAGUCAUGGAUCCUAUCGAUGUCAAGAUUUCUGAAGCCAUCAUGAACAUGCAAGAGAACAGUAUGCAGGUGUCAGCAAAGGUCUUUCAAGGAUGUGGCCAGCCUAAACCAGCACCUGCUUUAAGAUCUUCCCGCUCUGUUCCUGAGAACUUCAAUACCCGCUUUAGGCCAUACAAUCCUGAGGAGAGACCAACAACAGCUGCUGGUACAAGUUUGGAUAGACUGAGGACUAUCUGGAGGACAAUGCAACAUGGUGUAACAGACAUUAAAGAAAAACUGAAGCUUUCAAAAAAGUUCUGGUCAACUUUACCAUAUACUAUCUGCAAGGAUGAAAGAGUGACAGCUGGCAUGUCAAAUGAAGAGGACUGCUGGAAUGGCCAUACCAAAGCUAGAUACCUGCCUGAGAUUAUGAAUGAUGGGCUGACCAACCAGAUCAACAAUCCCGAAGUAGAUGUGGACAUCACAAGGCCCGACACCUUCAUACGGCAACAAAUCAUGGCCCUAAGAGUCAUGACUAACAAACUGAAGAAUGCAUACAAUGGAAAUGAUGUAAACUUCCAGGAUACAAGUGAUGAAACCAGUGGCUCAGGAAGUGGAAGUGGUUGCACUGAUGAUAUCUGUCCGACAGAGUUUGACUUCAUCACCACGGAGGCACCACCUGUUGACUCAGACAGGAGAGAAGUAGACUCUUCAGCAAUCCAGUCUAGCCAGUCACUGUUUACGUUGUUCAUCAUCUGCAUCGUCCUUGUACUGCAGAGACAGUGGAGAUAAUCCUGGUUCUGGUCAGAGAGACUGUGUUUUAGCUACAAAAACAGCCAACUUGCUCCUUUUCUUACACUCUUGGACUAUGGACCAUGCCACAAAUACUUACAGAUUUCUAUGAGAAGAGAGCAGUACUGCAGCCUGCUUCCCUUUUUGUUUUCCCAAAGAGUACCAGGUGCCAGACUGAACUGCUUCCUGUUUCUUUCAAGAUAUCUGUGAAGACAAUGUCCACUCUUGAGAGAAUUCUUUCUCAGAUCUUUAUUAUUGGAGACUUUCUGAGCUGCAUUAUGCUGCAGAAGUAAAAAGGAUCUUACGGUGUGAGGGUUUCCUUAACAAGAAAAAAAAGAGAAAGAAAGA